AUGCGUGUAGUGGAUUCAAUCGCCUUCCAUUAUGCAAACAACAACACACUGAACACGAGUGAUGUUCAAAUUGUUAAAGAACAAGAUGCCCUGUACGAUGUCCCCGUGGGUCUGAUCAUACUAUUGUCCGUGUUCUAUGGAACAAUCAGUAUUCUAGCUGUGAUAGGCAACUCGCUGGUAAUAUGGAUCGUCGUCACAACGAAGCAGAUGCAAACUAUUACAAACAUGUUUAUAGCGAACCUAGCCCUGGCGGACGUCACGAUAGGAAUGUUUGCCAUCCCGUUUCAAUUUCAGGCAGCACUGCUGCAGCGCUGGAACCUUCCCGACUUCAUGUGCCCCUUCUGUCCGUUCGUGCAACUGCUCAGCGUCAAUGUGUCCGUCUUUACGCUAACGGCCAUUGCCGUCGACCGACACAGGGCCAUAAUUAAUCCACUUAGAGCUCGCACUUCGAAAAACAUCUCCAAGUUCGUAAUUAGUGCCAUCUGGAUAUUGUCGUUCGCGCUGGCCGCUCCGACAAUUUUCGCUCUGCGGGUCGUUCCCCUGUCGCUGGUCGCACUGGGUGAUACCAAUGACACGUACAUCAACAUCACGAAACCUUUCUGUCAGGUGGUCAACUUUGAAGAAUCAGAAAUGCUCCUGUACCGGUACAUUCUAACGCUGGUGCAGUACUUCGUUCCGUUGUGCGUCAUCAGCUUCGUCUACAUUCAAAUGGCCUUUCGGUUGUGGGGAUCGAAAACACCUGGGAAUGCGCAAGAUUCGCGGGACAUGACGAUGCUGAAAAACAAGAAAAAGGUAAUAAAAAUGCUAAUCAUCGUGGUAGCUCUGUUCGCAAUUUGCUGGUUUCCGCUGCAGUUGUACAACAUUUUGAACGUUACCUGGUCGGAGGUGAACGAGUAUCGCUACAUUAACAUAAUCUGGUUCGUGUGCGACUGGUUGGCAAUGAGCAACAGCUGCUACAAUCCAUUCAUCUACGGAAUAUAUAAUGAAAAGUUUAAACGCGAAUUCCGCAAGCGAUAUCCAUUCCGAGGCCGGAACCCGCACGGCUAUCACCAGGAUCAGUCGACCGAUAAGAAUCUGUCGAUGUUCACCCGUGUCAGCUCGAUUCGGUCAAGCUACGCCACCUCGUCGAUUCGCAACAAGUUUUCCACCAGACCGGCGGGCUCGGCCGGUGGUUUCGGCAUCGGAUACGGCGGAGGUGGUGGAUUUUAUCAAAAUCACUGCCACGAACAGCUACAGCAAGCUCCACCGGCGCACAAGCAAGCACACCAGCAGUACAAAUCGACGGCUGUAGAUAACCGCAAUGGUUCCGAACAACGCAAAACGCACAACCCUCUCUGGGAAUCGAAAGACUGUUCCUGUCAGUUUCAGGAUAGGAAAAAAAUUCCGAAGUCUAGUUUGGGACAAAGGGAUUUGCUUUCGCGGGAUCCUUUCGGUUCGACGGUUUCCAACCGGACCGGUAAAGGUUUGAUUACACAUAAUUCAGACGAAGAUGGUUGUGACGAACAGAUAAAGCUUAAACUUAGCCAUCCUCAUCCGGAUACCACAGAUGACAACAGAGAAUCAGACGAUUGUUUACUGCCAUGGCAGUCGAAUCGAUAA